UUUACCGUUUAGGUUACCGGUCACCAUUGAAAAUGUGGAUCCCAAUACGGCGUCGUUGUCGCAAUCAACAGAUUAAGCAAUCCUGUGCCGCUGUGUGUGAAGACGACGGUUGGUUGUUCCUGCUCUGUUGGUAGAGAACGAUGAAGCUGCUAACACACAACAUGCUCACAUCGACUGUCAAGGGAGUCGUCAAUGGCUUCCCUCUCCGUAUCGAGGUGGAGAAAACGCUGGAGAAGCAAGUUGAUUUCAGUGCUGACUUCCUCAGGAACUUGUUCUACAAGGUCGACUGGAAGGCCCUCGUCGAAGCGGCGCAGACCAUGGGAUACGCAGAGCUACCGGAAGAGGCCCCUGACUCGACCGUGCUUGAGUCCGAAGAUUUCUUGAAGAAAUUUCAUUAUGCCCUAUUGGAGCUCCAUCUCGAAGAGGGCAAUCUGGUCUGUCCUGAAACAGGCCGUAAGUUUCCUGUUACUAAGGGAAUUCCCAAUAUGCUGCUUCAUGAAGAUGAGGUUUGAGAGAUAUCUUUCUGGUAUCUUUCUAGUUGUUGAAGUUAGGCCGGUUUUGAUGAAAUUAGGGUUUCGUUUUUGUAAUUUAUAGACUGGUAUUCUUGAAGUGUUUUUGAGAUAAAUGCGGAGAAGAAUUCAAUUUCAAAUCUUGCCCUUUUCUUUUAAAGUUUAAUGUUCAAUAUUUAACAUAGUAUAUGUCCCAUGAUUUUGUCUCGAGUACUAGCUUUGGGCAUACUCAUUAGAGUAUCAUAUCUAGCUUAUGAGUUUGUACUUUGUAGCAAACUCAAAAUUUUCUUAGUAAAAGUAUUAGUUUAUCAGUGCUUA